AAAAAUUAAAAAUGAUGGAAUACGAAUAUUACAAUUCUUACAAUUCUAAACCAUCUGUUAUGAGUACUGCAUCGAGAAUUCCACCUGAAAUUUUUAUAAACAUUUGUCAAUAUUUACCACCCAUCGAUCUCAUCUCUCUUGCACGCGUUUCUAAACAAUUUCAUGGUUAUCUUUGUUCUACUGAUUCUUUUACCACGAAAGAAAUUUGGAAAAAUUCUCGUAUCACAUUUUUACCUUUCGUUCAAAUGCCUCCUCCUGAAGGUAUGACCGAACUUCAAUAUGUUAAAUUUAUUUCUGAACGUGGUUGUCAAUUUUGUGGAAAACCAAGAAUUAGAAAAAUUUAUUGGGCUUUCCUCGUACGUUGUUGCAAGAAAUGUCUUGAAGAUCGAACCAUAAGAUUGGAUCAAAUAAGAUAUCAUUUAUUCUCUCAAAAUUCGGUUCCUGACGAUAUUGAUAUCGUUAGUGGAUUGACAUUUAUCACUGGAUCUGCUGGUUCAGGACCUGAAAAAAUAAAACAUCGUCCUUCCAAUUUAUAUUGGAUUCAAGAUGUUCAUAAGGCUUAUAAUGAAUUCAAUGAAUUAAGUUUAAAAGACCGUCAAGAUUGGAUAAUUAAAAAACGUGAAGAAGGUCGUAGUAAAAUGGAAGAAGUUAUUAAAAGAGAAUUGGAAAAUGAAAAUGAAUAUUGGUCAAAAACUAUGGAAAAUUCAAGGAAAAGAAAUGAUCGUGUUAUAACUAUUGAUAAUUUGAUAAGAAAGGAAACUAAUGAAUUCGGUUUUCCAAGAUUUAAGAUGUCUGUUGUAAAUAAAUGUUUAACUUAUAAUAAGGCUAUGGGUUCAACUUCUACUAGUCCUUUUACUAAACGUGCUUGGAUUGGUUUUCGUAAUAAAUUAAUUCCUGAAUAUUUACAAAUGUCUACUCUUUUAAGAUUACAAAGACAAGAAAUUGAAAGAAAUUUGGCAAUUGAUGUUGCUAUUCAAACUCGUCAAAUGGAUAUUAUUAAAUUAAUCUUUGAAUUAUUAAGACCUGAAAUUGAUCAUUUACAAUCUCGUCAAAGACAAAAUAGUAAUCAAUCAAUGGAUGAUAUUGAUAUGGAAAGAAAUUCGAGUUCGUCUUCAGAAUCUAAUAGUGAUUCCGACGAUUCAAAUUAUAAUUUAAUUAAGAGGAUGGAAUGCAAUGAAAUUUUUGAAAGUUCAUUGAUAAAAUUUUUACCAUGGUGCCCUUCAUUUCGUAAUCCACCUUUUAUGAAUCAAGAUCCAAGAAUUCUUUGGGAUGAUGAAUUUUUAAUGAAUGUUUUGGUUCCUCAACUUCGUGAAGAAGCUCAAUAUUUAAAAGAUCAUCCUGCUCCAAUUGAAACUGUACGUGGAGCUUUCCUUUAUGGUGGUUUACGUAACAAAAGAAUUUUUAAAUGUAAAUUAUGUCAUCACUAUGAUAAUAAUUUAAAUCCUCCAAAACAUUAUUCUUUUUAUGAAAUAAGAUUACAUUUAGCAAAAAGUAAUCAUAAGGUUAGAAUGAUUAAUGAUGAUUUGAUGAUAGAGGUUGUUCCCUCUCAAAUUAAUACUACAUGCAAUGCACAAAUAUUUCCUCGGAAUAAACCCGAUUUAUUUUUUGCAGCUGGUUUUAACUGCAAUUUAAUUUGUAAUUUAUUAAGUUAAAUUUGGGUGAUUUCUCCCUUUUUUUUUUUCUUUAACAAAACUUAUUGAUUAAGUUUAGUUGAAUUAAUUUAUUAUUUACUCUUUUUUUUCGCACAUUCCAUCAUUGGAGCUUUUUUUUUUUUUUUUU